CUUAAUAGUGAUUUUGUGAGAGUUUGGUUCGUAUUGCAGGCACCUUCUGAUUUUUAGUUUGAAAAGUAUCUUCAUAGCCAUUUGCACUGCAAUGGAAAAAACUCACAUUGUUUUCUAGAGCUCUGUUUGAAAACUCAUUCCAACUUGAAUUUGGCCCUGUUGCUUUGGGCUCUGUAGAAUUUGUUUAUAUGUCCAAGGAAAGAGGAACUUGGCUUAGCACUUGUGUGCUCUACUCUGCAAAAGCAAAAGAAUUUUGUUUAAUUGUAGUAUACACAAUGUUACUAAUGCUUACAAUUUUACUAUGGCUUUCUGAUAUCUGAUUUAUCUUCAGGAGAUGGGUUUUAAGGAAAAAUAAAUUAAAAAUUUAUUGCAUAAAGAUUUUAAAAGUAAAUGCAUAUCUUUCAGUUCAGUAAAAUAGACCCUGAAAUAGAAAAUAAAUACCUUUUUGAUAUUGCUUCAAUGAUCAAAUCAAAACAGAGGUUUCAGAAGUUUUGAUUUGAGCUAAAAACUCCCACUAAAGUGUUCACUCAAAGGGCUAAAGCAAUAUGUUUAGUGAGCUGUCAGACAGGUGUAUGAUGUGAUGAUCCCCUAUUCAUUUGCAUGCUAAUAUGAAUCACACCCACUGCAGGAGAUUACAAGCAAAUCUCUUUAAAUGGAUUUUCUUUUGCUUGUUUUGGUUAGUUUAUGUUCAGGGGUUUUUAGCACAAAAUCUUCCUAAAAUGUAAAAUAGAAAUAAAAGUCAGUUGAUUUUUGAAGAAGCUGUUGAGUGACAGUAAAGCUGGAAGAUCACAUCUGUGUUCUGAGGAAAAACAGCAGGACAAAGGAAGAACAGUGUGCUCACAUUUCGUACUGGAGCUGUGUAACCAAUGUUUUUGUCAUUCUGGACUUUCUGGGAAGGAGUAGACAGGUAGGAAUUGUUAAAAUGUUUCUUCCAAGUUUGUGUUUUUGAAGUUAUCUCUUAAAAGUCACACUUUGGAAACACUGGAACACAAAAUUUGGACAAUUUCUGGUUUUCACUACACGUCCUGUUUGAAGUGGAAAGAAACUCAGGCUUCUUACAGUCUCCUCAAAAUGAUCUUAUGCAAAAGCCUAGUUCUGUUUCAGAAAGUUUGAUUUUUAUCCCCUGUUGUAACAUGCAAAUAAAUUGAGAGUUUGUGCACUGAAUUCUUCUGCAACCUGGCGGAGGCCCCUGGCUUUAUUUACUGUCAUUUCUCCUGACCAUAGGCUUUACAUCUGUUUUUAAAUAGUUGUCAGAUGUAGCAAUACUGAAGUAACACAGCAUAACCUUUACUAUAAAUAUUUUUAGUAUUUUAAUACCUCUAGCAUGAACUGUGUUGUUUUGACAGUGCAGCUUGUAAUACUAGAACUGUUGGACUGGUAAUGACAAAAGGCAGACAAGGUUUUUAGAGGGAAUUUUUCUCUUUUGGGCAAAUGAUACAGCUGGAGUUGAGCAAUGUUGAGAAUUACUCAUAUUCCUGUAACUUUUUCUUCUUUUUUCUCCCCUCCACUACUGGGUUAUCAGUCUCUUUUCAAAACUGACUUCUUUUAGUAGUUGAUGAUCAAGAAACUAAGUCAGUUACAGUUUCUUAAAUAAAAGAAUAAUCACAGAGAUUGUUAAUUCUGAUACUUAAGAUAGUUAGUAAUGUUUUUGCUAAUGCCAUUGUGUUGUGUAGCAUAUUUUCCAUUUUUAUAAACAUUAGCUCUGUCUAAAGUCUUGUUCUUACUAAAGUGUUGUAUCAAUUUGGUAUAAACUAGUUUUGGUUUGGCAGAACACACAAGCAGGAUUUUUUUUUUAUUAUUUUGUUUUAGAAUUCUGAUGUCUGUUCACCUUUGCACUUCAGGAAACUGAACCUAAAACUGAGUUCCAGUUGUGAAUUCCAUUGUGCCAUUAGGGAUAUGUCAGAUUAUUUUUUGGUUUAGCAUGCAUUUGUCGGUGUUGGGGUAGCUGGAGACUGAACAGAUCUUUAAUAAAUUGGGGGUGGGAGGGGCAGCUGUGCACUGUUUAACUAAUAGUGUGAAAUGCAUAGUGCUGCUAAAAAACAAACCCAGGCUUAUCCAUGUGGAAGACACUCUCAGGUCACCAUUAAAACAAGAACAGCUUUAUUUCAUGGUUGUUAAAUUUUAGAAGCAGGUUACUUGAAAUCCAUAGUAUUUGUUUGCUUUUGGUAAUAUACUUUCAUUUUGUUAAGGACUAGGUGCAACUGGAAGGAGUCUUGCCUUUAAAAGAAGAUGCUUUGGUACAGAAACAAUGUACUAGUCAGGCUUCACAUCUUCAACUAUUUACACAAGAUUAGGAUUUAUUUCUGAUUCUUUUCUAGCAUGUAAAAGAAAGGGGGAGAACCUAGGAAAAAAGAAAGGGUCACUUGCCUAAAAAAAGGAAACCUUUUUCUUUCCAAGAGUGAGGAAUGUUAAUAUCUCACUGAGGCUUAAGUUUUUACGGCUGUAACCAUGGUAACAGGCUCUUUUCACCAAGUAAGCAGGCCUUACAAAACUCAGAGACCUGGCACAAACAUUUCAUUUUGUUCAGUAGAGUAAUAUUAAAGACAUUUUUUACUCAUGCCAAACACAGAAUUUGUUGUUGAAAGAAAUUUUUAAUACCUAGGUUCUUCUAUAGGGAGUUAUAUUUAUCUUCUUAAUAAUUUAAAAAAUAUGUGUAUUUUCUUCUCUCUCUUUCCUCUAAAAGAAAUCUGGUAUAUGAAAAACUUCAGGGUGUUUCUGUCUUAGACAUAGCAAGAAAUAUUUUCCAACUCUUUCUCAUAACAAAUACUAGAUAUUUCAUGAUUUUAUUUAAAGUGGUUUAUUUGAAAAUGAGAUCUGAAAUACUUCAGAAAGUUCAUAGAGGAAUAUAAUUGCCAUCUUGUGUUGCCUUGAAGCCUCCUUCACUCUUCCCUUAAAUUUUUGAUUCUUUGUAAUUCAUUAUUAUCCACUGAAGGCUGUUGAAAUAUUUGGGUAUGUUAAUGACAGCACUGAAAUGUAAGUCCAGGCUACUUUACAGCUGCUAUGGUUUCUGAUAGUACUGAUGUGUUUGAUGUUGGGCAGAUUGAAUUCUGUCCUCGUUUUUGUGCUGCUCUUUUAUCUCUUGCUUUACUCAGGACCUCCUCAGAUCUGGGGCUUUGCUGCUUUGCCAUGUCCAGACCUGUAGUCUUGCAUCAGUUGUUUCCCACUAAAACUGCUCUUGCCAGGAUCCAGCUCUGCUGCUGUGGCAGCUCCUGUCUUUGCCAGCUGCAUUUCACUGCCAGUAGGAAGGAGACUGAGAGUUACUGUAGAGAUGAGAUUAGAUAUUCAUAGGUCUGUAAAAGGUAAUAUGUAAACAUCCUGUAAAAUAAUAAAUCCAAAAAAACCCACAAUGAAGAGAAGUUAAAGUGAAGAUUAAAGUACAUGAGAAAAAAUAACACAGUUAUAAGGAAGAGCCUUUAUUAGUCGUGUUCUGGUGGUAGUUGACAUAAUGUUCCUUGGAGGCAGUAAGAAAUGCAGUCAUAAGUCUUUUUCUGUACUUGGACAGCUCAGCAAAAUAGCCAAGGAGCACGUGCAUUACAACUAAGGGAACCUUUGAGCCCAGUUAAAUCUGUUUCCUGAGCAAACUUAAACUUGUAGCACAUAAAAAGAUAAGAGAAUUACAGAAAAAAAACUUUUCAAAUGCAAAAUCAGAAACUUUAUGGAUAAUACUAUUUUAAAUUAUUCUUCUCCAUUUCAUGGUGAGAUUUUUUUGGCUUUACAUUUCCAGUUUUCCCCCUAAAAAGUAAAAACCCUACAGUAUUGCGUGUCUUCACAAUGUUUAUUUUGCAGGUCAGGGUGCUCUUGCUGGAUUCCCUGACUUGGUCCCAUAAAUACUCCAAAGAAAGUUUAUGUUGCGUAUGUGACCAAGACGAAUCCAUGCAGAAUUUUUCAGAUUACCACUGGAUAUUGUGUGGUCUUUUCUUAAAAUGCUGCCCAGGGCAAGAACUCAGAGAGCAGAAUGUUCUUAGGUACACCUUGUCUGCCUGCAAAAACAAUCCCAGUUGGAUUUGCUAAAAAUCAAGCAGUAAUUCAGAGCUCAGGAACCUAUCUCUGCUUUCUGGAUUCAGAUGAUGUGAUGAUGCCACAGCGGGUUAGGCUGCAGCACGAAGUUGCCAUUCAACACCCAAACAGUAUUGUUGGUUGCCAAGUCAGAAGAGAGCCACUGGACUCUACUGAACGAUACACUCGCUGGAUCAAUAACCUAACCCAGGAGCAACUUCUUACACAGGUGUUCACCUCCCAUGGGCCUACUGUGAUCAUGCCAACCUGGUUCUGCUCUCGAGAAUGGUUUUUUCACGUGGGAAGAUUUGAUGAGGGUGGAAAGGGUGUCCCAGAGGAUUUGUUGUUUUUUUAUGAACAUCUCAAGAAGGGUGGUGGAGUCUUUCGAGUGAACCAUUGCCUCCUGCUCUACCGCUACCACCCCCAGGCUGAGACCCACUCUGUCCUAGAGGGAACCAUCUGGAAUCACCGAGUCAGGUUUCUUGAGGACAGAGUCCUGAGCUCCUGGACAUCAUUCACCAUUUGGAAUGCUGGCAAGCAAGGCAAGAAGCUCUACAGAAGCUUGUCACCAGCUAAUCAGAAAAAGGUAACUGCAUUUUGUGAUGUCGAUGAAAAGAAAAUAACAAAAGGAUUCUACACUUAUGAGGAAUCUGAGGAGAGACCAAAACCCAAAAUUCCUGUGUGUCACUUCAGGGACGCCACUCCGCCCUUUGUGAUCUGUGUGAAGCUGGACUUGACAGGUGGAGCCUUUGAAACAAACCUGGACACGCUGAACCUGAAGGAAGGGGUUGAUUAUUAUCACUUUAACUAAACCAAGGAAGGGCAGAGGAGCAGUGGCUGCACAUCUGUGUCUGGAAUGUGGCGCUGCCAGCCUGGAAUGCUCUCUGGAAUGAGGCUGGAAGGGCCUGAGGCAGCAGCUCCAGCCAUCCCACGUGUGCUGCAGCUGGCUGGGAACACUCAGGGACACCUCCAUGAACAAAGCACCCCCUGGAGCACUUCCCACCUCACCUUGGUCACCAGCUGGGGUCGGGGCACUUGCAGCAGGUCACAGAGGCAGUUUCGUCUCUCCCUCACCACGGGCAGCUCUGCUUCCCUGGGAGAGCAGAGGUUGUUUGAGUUAAUUCACACCCAUCCACACAACUCCCUCAGUGCUCCAGGUCAGCCCUGCACACAAUGGCUCUGGCCUUUCCUGCACAUUUCAAAUGCCAGCAGUUUUUGUUGUGUCACAUCUGAAGAGUAAUGGACCAUUUUUGUACCACCCUAAGUCAGGUAAACCACAAAUACCCACCAGAUCUGCCACAGGUAACCAGUGGCUAAUAAAAUGACCAAGACUAUUAUUUUAUAGAGUUUUAUAUUAAAAACCCUACUGAUUUGCACAGACCUUUUGAUUGGAAGUUCAUUUAAUUGAUUCUCUAAAGUUAUUGGAUUUGGAGAAGACUCUCCCAUCCUCUUUAUAGAGAAAAAGCAAAAAAGGGCAAGUUAGAAAUCACUUCAACUUUUUUUUCACACCUUGGACAAUUUAUCUUAUUUACUGGAAACUUUCCUGUGGCUAAACAAAAUCUAUUAUUUAUAGAGUAAUUUGUUUAAACUCUGUAUGACACAACUGCAUGAUAAAAGUCUCUGGAGUCCCAACAAGGAAAAUAUGUGUAUCCAGUAAUCACCAUAUCAAAUUCUCAUUUGUCUUCCUGCUGUUAAUACAUAGGGAAAUUCAGAAUUUAGACUGAUUAUUUUAGCACUGGGAGAGCUUGAGGAAAACAAGCAGCUCACUGUGACAGCAACAACUUCAAAUCUCUUUUUCUACAAACAAAUCUACCAAGAUGAAUCAGUUUUGAGUACAUGAGCUUUUUGUCUUUCAUCUCAGAGCAAUGGCCAUAGUGCAGCAGGGUACCCAGGGCUUGCUCCAAGCCAGAAAAAGCCAGGCACACCCUAAAAAUGAGAGACUGAAAAGAGAAUAUUCAUUUUUCUGGGGAAGUGUUUUGUUUGGAUUCAGGAACCCAGUUCUUUAUGAGCAGAGCUGAACUGCCACUGCUUCUCCUGCACCCCUGUGAGUGCUGGCCCUGGAGCCACCCCCUGUGACAGCACUCAGCUCAUCCUGCUCAGAGCCAGGUAACAAAUUCCUCAUGCAAUUCCUGAGCAAGCCUGCUCUUAAAUGCAGGUUUCCUAAUGGAGUUCUGACUCAGACCCAACACAAUCCUAAAUUUCCACAUAAACAAGGAAUUGUAACCACAGGCAGAACUGCUGGCAACCACCCCUUCAAACCUGAGACUCUUGUUCUAAUUUUGCACUGGAAAAUUCAGAAAAAGAGCAGCAGCCACCCCUCCUAAUGAUAAACUCAGCUUUCUUUUCACAAAUAUAAAGUUAUUAUAAGCUCAAGCACAGAAAUAAACUGGAAACUACAUAAAAGCCAAACAGUGUAACAUGCAGUUUGCAACUCUGUCACCCACCCUUAAUGUGUAUUUGUUCUUUGAGCUUGUCUGGGAUAAAUUUAUUUCCAUGAAAUGUCAAUGAAGACAGCCAUUUAAUAUAAUGACUAAAUAAAUGAUUUAUUUUUCUA